UGAUCUCCAUUGUCUGUGUUUGUUCUCUGUGCAGAGAGCCCCCCCUCUCCCGGGGAUCUCCACUGUGAUGAGGACAGAUUCCACCCAGAGCCGAGGAUGGAGAGCAUUCUGUGGGUUUAAUCCUCCCCUUCAGUCUUGCACAGGUGUACCGGCUCCUCCCCUCCAGUCUUGCACAGGUGUACCGGCUCCUCCCCUUCAGUCUUGCACAGGUGUACAUGCUCCUCCCCUUCAGGCUUGCACAGGUGUACAGGCUCCUCCCCUUCAGUCUUGCACAGGUGUACCGGCUCCUCCCCUUCAGUGUACUGGCUCCUCCCCUUCAGUCUUGCACAGGUGUACCGGCUCCUCCCCUUCAGUCUUGCACAGGUGUACCGGCUCCUCCCCUUCAGUCUUGCACAGGUGUACUGGCUCCUCCUCUUCAGUCUUGCACAGGUGUAUCGGCUCCUCCCCUUCAGUCUUGCACAGGUGUACCGGCUCCUCCCCU